AUGUCCAUGAGAGAAUGUAGCACUGAAGUGGGUCGCGUCAUCCUCAGCGGCAAAAAGAAUCUACCAGUCAUCCACUCCGCCAUGGCGCCUUCCUCUCUCUCCGUCCUCCCCGCGCCGCCCCUCAUCCCGCUUCACCCCCGCCGUCUCCGCCAUCCAACCGCCGCGCCCGCCCGGACCAAUCCCCAACCCCUCACGCUCGCCGUCCGUUGCGCCGCGAAGGCGGCGUCGCCGGCGCCGGCGAGGCCCCUGCCGCCGCCGAAGCUGGUCCGCUGCCCGGCGCUGGACCGGCAGGCGGCGCGCGCGAGCCGUCUCCGCUUCGCGCGCAAGCUCCUCACCCUGCUCCUCUCCAAGCCGCGCGGCUUCCUCCCGCUCCGCGUCCUCCUCCGCUGCCGCCGCUUCCUCGGCCUCCCGCGCCGCCGCCCGCUCGUCCCCUUCGUGCUCCGCUACCCGACCCUCUUCCGCCUCUUCCAGGCCCCCAUCUCCCGCCCCCUCUCGCCCUCCCUCUCCACCCUCGCCGUCGCGCUCACCCCCGCCGCCCACGCGCUCGCCGCCGACCUCGCCGCCCUCCGCGGGGCCGAGCUCGCGCCGGGGCUCGCGGACAAGGUCCACCGCCUCCUCCUCAUGACCCCGCGGCGCAGCCUCCUGGUGUCCAAGCUCGCGCACAUCGCCCCCGACCUCGGCCUCGCCAUGGACUUCCGCGCCACGCUCUGCCCCCGCCACCCGGCCAUCUUCACCUUCGCGAACACCUCCCACGGCCACGCGCUCCAGCUGGUCGACCCGCCGCCGCCGCCCCCUUCGCCGCUCCCUCCGCCGCUCCGCCCCGCCGUUCGGCCCGACCGCCUCAUCGACCGGCCGCGGAGGUUCCCGCACCUCCCGCUCCGCCGCGGGCUCAACCUCCGCCGCGCGCACCGGGACUACCUCCUCCGGUUCCACAGCCUGCCCGAGGCCUCCCCGUUCCAGCCGCUGGAGGAGGGCGCGAGCGCGGAGGCGGCGGAGCGGCGGGCGUGUGCGGUGGUGCGGGAGGUGCUGGCGAUGACGGUGGAGAAGCGGACGCUGGUGGACCACCUCACGCACUUCCGCAGGGACUUCGGGCUGCCCAACCGGCUGCGCGCGCUGCUGGUGCGCCACCCGGAGCUGUUCUACGUGAGCAUCAAGGGCGUGCGGCAUUCGGCGUUCUUGGUGGAGGCGUUCGACGAUGACGGAAGGCUUCUGGUGGGGGAUGGCAUGCUGGUUGGGAGGGACCGGCUGGAGGAGCUUGUCCGGGAGGGCAAGAAGAUGAGAAGAGCUCGAAAGAAGGGUGUUUUUCCGGUUGAUGGCGGCGACAGUGAUGAAGAUGAUGAGGAAGAUGAUAAUGUGGCAGAGGGUUCAUCAGAGGUGGAUGGUGAAUUCGGGGACCUGUUUGAAGAAGGCAGUGUCGCUGGGGAAGACUGGAAUGAGGUGGGUGAUGGAGGCGGAAUCGAGGGGGACGGCGACGAAGAUGAUCCUGAAUCGGAUGCCAUGGAGGAGUUUUGGGUGAAGAAAGCUGCAGAGGAGGGGCUGGUUGACAGUGGCAACGAGCAUGAUGUUUGGUGAGGAGUGUCGAGAUGCUAGGAUUUUUGCACAUGCUGUUAAUGAGGACCACGGAUUGCUCGAACGCAUUGUUCUCAGCCAUCUUCAGUAGCCGGGAAUUGUAGUACAUAACUUGGGAGCUUUGGUAAUGAAGGUGAAUGGUGGUCCGAAUACUUUGUCCUGUCUUCUGAGGCAUAGGUUUCCACUUUCCUCUAUCCAUGGAGGCAUCCCCCUCUAGAACAACAAUGUCCCCGGUUCUGUUGAUGCUGUCAGUACCAUCAACAAGAGCGCUGCAGAGUCUGCGAUGAACACUUCCCAAGCCACGACAUAUAGAAUAUGGUCGUCAAUAUUGCAUCCUUGCCACCGCUGGAGUACCAAAAUGAAGACCAGAACUCAUGAAAUCCUGCAAUUCAUGUCUUCCUUAUACUACAACUGUAUGUAUACCUAUGAUUUUGCUUUGCUAUUAUAUAAGUUUGUGGACAUGUGAGAGCACAGAAGUCGUGUAUGCGGUCAUUUUAGGGAGGUUUAGUGGUUCCACUACUAGAAACAAGCACUAUUUGAGCUCAAAUGAACAUGCUACGGUUCACCACUUCAAGUCUGGAACUACUUUCUGCAGAAUGAAUUUGCAUCAUAUCAGUAGUGAAUCCUGAUCAAGUUCCCUAGGCACUUCUUGUAGGAGAAAUCUGUAAAGGAGCUGUCAUAAAGCACGGCGUACAAGCACCCGCUGGCAUGGAAAUGCUGAUGCUUGUUAACCUGCAAACAGGAAAAUUAUUUCCAUGACAUUUCUGUUUGGUUCUUAUGAUUCAUUGGAAACAGACAGGCAAGCUGCUCACCAUCAUGUGGUUGUCACGUCCCGCCAGCGUCUUUUCCUUCUCCGGUUGGUACUCAAGAAUAUCUUUGAUGACAAACAUGUCUUUCUCUUCAGAAAGCUAAAUGCCAUCACUCCAAAGUAUUGAAAGAGACCCAAACACAUAAGGUUUAAAAACAAAGGUUCCCCAAACAGAUACAAACAAGUAGCAAGGGCGUCUACAAGAGCAGGUGCAUUCUUCAAUCGCUGGAGUUACCUAAACUUUGUGAUAUUCAAACUUAAACCCAACGCUUAUCUUACCACCUAGUAUAUGUCAGCUUACUACCUGAAGAAUUGUAGCUACUUUUUCAGUACUUGUGAAUAAUAUUUUUCAAGUUGCAUUAUGCUAGAAACUAUACCUUGAUUCA